AUCAAUACUACCUUCGCUCUAAUUUUCCAUCAAUUUGUUACAGUCAAUAAACUCUUGCUCGGUUGCUCCCAUGAAGAACCACUCGCUGCUGACACCUAUAUUCUUCAUCUUCUGCCCAGGUUUCAUUUUUUGUCAUUUCACAGUCGCUACUUCGACACCCCCUUACAAAGCUGUUGAUCAUAUAGCUCUCAACUGUGGCACUUCUGGAAACUCAAAUCCUCCCGAUGGGCGUAACUGGACCGGAGAGAUAGGUUCCAAGUACGGUCCCACAGAACAAAACAACAAAUCUAUUUUCUCUGACGCCCAAAGCCACAGCUCCGUUGGGACUGUCCCCUACACGACAGCCCGUCUAUCACAUUUCCAGUUCACAUACGCGUUUCCGGUCGCUGCUGGACCCAAAUUUGUUCGGUUGUACUUUCACUCGGCUUCUUACUCAGGUUAUGAAAAGUCUAAGGACUUUUUCACUGUCAAAGCAGGUUCGUUCACCUUACUUGGAAACUUUAGUACUUCUGAUUCAACGGAAAGCAAGAGUUUUUUCAAGGAGUUCUGCAUCAAUGUUGAAGAGAAUCAGAUAUUGAAGUUAACGUUCAUCCCCUUUUCUAGUGAUUACUAUGCUUUCAUUAAUGGAAUUGAGAUAGUCUCCAUGCCCAUAGACCUGUAUUAUAGCCAAAAAGGUUUCAUCAAAUAUGAAUGGGUCCCCGAAUACGUCGCCCAAGCUCCUCGAUUCUACAUAAACUACAGCAUGGCACUAGAGAUGGUUUAUCGAUUAAACGUGGGCGGGAGCUUGAUACAACCAAAGGAAGACACUGGCAUGUUUAGAGAAUGGUCUGAGGCCAUAAAAAAAUAUUUGUGGAGUGGCGGUACAAUCCCUCGUGAUCCAUCUUUGAAUCCCAAAUACUCAAAAAUACCAAACUACACUGCACCUGAUCCUAUCUAUCAGUCUGCAAUAACAAUGGGUCCGAAUAUGACCAAGAACAUGCAGUCUAAUUUGACAUGGGGAUUACGUGUUGAUACGGGUUUCAAAUAUCUGGUGAGGCUCCAUUUCUGCUAA